GCUGCCCCCCUGCUGACCCGCCGGCCCUUCCUGGUCGCCUGGAACGUGCCCACCCAGGACUGCAAGCCCCGCUUCCAGGUGACCCUCGACUUCAGCAUCUUUGACCUGCACGCCUCCCCCAAUGAGGGCUUCGUGGGGCAGAACCUCACCAUCUUCUACAAGGAGCGCCUGGGGCUCUACCCCUACUACACACGCCAAGGUGUGGCCAUCAACGGCGGCGUCCCCCAAAACAGCAGCCUGUCCGAGCACCUCACCUGCCUCCAGGAUGGCAUCAGCAAGUACAUCCGCUCGCCCACCAAGGAGGGGCUGGCUGUCAUUGACUGGGAGGAGGGGCGGGCCCCCCGGCCCAUCUGGGCUCGCAACUGGAGGCCCAAGGAUGUUUACCGGGAGGUAUCGCAGCAGCUGGUGUUCAAGCGACAACCCACCUGGUCCCGUGAGGAGGUGAACAAGCAGGCGGUGUUCGAGUUCGAGUCAGCCGCCCGGCAGUUCAUGGUGAGCACUCUUCGCAUGGCCAAGAGCUUCCGACCCAAGCAGCUCUGGGGGUUCUACCUCUUCCCCGACUGCUACAACCAUGACUACAGCAAGAACAAGGAGACCUACACUGGGCAGUGCCCAGACGUGGAGAAGACGCGCAAUGACCAGCUGGCAUGGCUCUGGAGGGAGAGCAUGGCCCUCUACCCCUCCAUCUACCUUGACUUUCUCCUGGCCUCCACCUUCCCCCCUACCAGCCGCAAGUUCGUGCGGGCACGGGUGAUGGAGGCCAUGCGCAUCUCGCAGCAGCACCAUGAUGGCUACUCCUUGCCCGUCUUUGUCUACACCCGACCCACCUACAUCCGCAAGCUGGACGUGCUCAGCCAGCCGGACCUGAUCUCCACCAUCGGAGAGAGUGCAGCACUGGGUGCAGCUGGUGCCAUUUUCUGGGGCGACGCAGACUUCACCAAAAACCGGGACACAUGCCAGAUCCUCAAGAACUACCUGGAGGAGGACCUCGGCCGUUACAUCGUGAACGUCACGACAGCGGCACAGCUCUGCA